CUCGCCCAAUACAUCUAAUCAAAUUAAAUCUUUCUUCUCCGAUUCGCCGAAUCAAUCUGCCGAAGCUACAGACUCAUACGACUUCUGAUAUCCUCGCAAUCGAGCAUUCCCGCUAUUGGCAUUCCAGAGAAGCGAGAAGGCUUUACCUACUAUAAAAGAGAAGGACAGCCCAAGUCCGAUGACGAUUACGCCGGCGGUUCGAGUUAUCGACGGGAAGCUGAUUGUGAAGAAUCGGACGGUACUCACCGGAGUUCCGGAUAAUGUAACCGUCACGUCCGGUUCAGCCUCCGGUCCGGCCGACGGAAUCUUCCUCGGCGCUGCAUUUGAUGACAACAACAGCCGGCACGUGACGUCACUCGGAGCUUUAGAAACCGGCAUGCGCUUCAUGGCGUGCUUCCGGUUCAAGCUCUGGUGGAUGGCCCAGAAAAUGGGAGAGUCCGGCGGCGACGUCCCGCUGGAGACUCAGUCCCACUCGGUGUUCGUUCACGCCGGGACGGACCCGUUCGCGACGAUAACGGAAGCCGUCAGGGCUGUUAAAGGCCACCUGAAGACGUUCCGUCAACGUCACGAGAAGAAGCUCCCCGGGAUCGUUGACUACUUCGGGUGGUGCACCUGGGACGCGUUUUACCAAGACGUGACUGAAGAAGGAGUCGAGGCUGGCCUGAAAAGCCUCACCGCCGGAGGGGCGCCGCCGAAGUUUGUGAUCAUCGACGACGGCUGGCAGUCAGUCGCCGGCGAUGAGGAUAAGGCCGGCGAGCUGCAGAGACUGACCGGAAUCAAAGAGAACUCCAAGUUUCAAAACAAGGAGGAUGGGAUUAGGGCCAUAGUGAACAUAGCAAAAGAAAACUACGGGUUGAAAUAUGUGUACGUCUGGCAUGCGAUUACGGGUUACUGGGGCGGGGUCCGGCCCGGGGAGGAAUACGGGUCCGUUUUGAAGUUCCCGGAUUUAUCCAAGGGAGUAAUGGAGAAUGAACCGGCGUGGAAAUCAGACAUUCUCCGGUUACAGGGGUUGGGACUAGUGAGCCCGAAAAGCGUGUACAAGUUUUAUAACGAGCUACACAGCUACUUGGCCGCUGCGGGUGUAGAUGGGGUUAAGGUGGACGUGCAGUGCGUGCUGGAGACUCUCGGAGCUGGGCUGGGUGGUCGGGUCGAGCUGACGCGGCAGUUCCACCAGGCGUUGGAUGCUUCGGUGUGUAGGAACUUUGUGGACAAUGGGAUCAUAGCGUGCAUGAGCCAUAAUACAGAUGCGCUGUACUGUGAGAAAAACACGGCGGUGGUGAGAGCCUCCGACGACUUCUACCCGCGCGAUGUAAUGUCGCAUACGAUCCACGUGGCGGCGGUGGCGUAUAAUAGCGUUUUCCUCGGCGAGUUUAUGCUGCCGGAUUGGGACAUGUUCCACUCGCUCCACCCGGCGGCUGAGUACCACGCGUCGGCAAGAGCCAUCAGUGGUGGACCUGUUUACGUUAGUGAUGCGCCGGGGAAGCAUGACUUUGAGCUGUUGAAGAAGAUUGUUUUGCCGGACGGGUCGGUGCUCCGGGCCCGAUUACCGGGAAGGCCGACCCGGGACUGUUUGUUUUCCGACCCGGCCCGGGAUGGGGUGACUUUGUUGAAGAUAUGGAACAUGAAUAAGUACACAGGUGUAUUGGGGGUGUACAACUGCCAAGGAGCAGCAUGGAGCUCAGUGGAGAGGAAAAACGCAUUCCACCUUACGAAAUCGGACGCAAUAACAGGUUAUGUCCGCGGCGGCGACGUCCACCUCAUUAAGGAGUCUGCUACUGAUCCCGAAUGGAACGGUGACUGCGCCGUGUACUGCAAUCGGACAGGAGAGGUUGUGACAUUGCCUUACAAUGCUGCUAUGCCUAUCUCACUCAAAGUGCUAGAACAUGAGAUUUUCACUGUGAGUCCCAUCAGGGUUUUGGCGGGCGGCGUGAGUUUCGCUCCUUUGGGACUAGUCGACAUGUACAAUGCCGGUGGAGCCAUUGAAGAGUUGAGAUUUGAGCAGGGAUUAGUCUCCAUGGAGGUUAGAGGGUGUGGAAAGUUUGGCGUGUAUUCUUCGGAGAAGCCCAGGAGGUGUUGUGUUGGGACAAAUGAGGUUGAUUUCAGCUAUGAUCCAGCGUCUGGGUUGGUGACUUUGAGCUCGGAUCAUAUGCCUGAAGAGGGGAAAAGAGUACAACUAGUCGAGGUUGAGUUAUAGGCAUUACUGUUAGAUUAGGAUUCAAUUCCUCUGUUCUGUCAGGGAGGACAGGACAAUUUAACCAUUGUAUUGUUG